AUGAGCUCGAACAGGUUUCCUGUAGGCUUGUUAAGUGGCGCGGUCCUUGGGGCGUUUGGUGGAUGGCUGCUUUCCACCCAGCAGAGCCUGUGCCGCGGUGACUGGUACAGCGCGAGUCCGUCUAAGGCAACUGCAGUCGCUGAACAAUCUGGCGAGUACAGUUGGCUGAAGACUUUGUGCCAAGGAGCACCAGCUGAUUGCCAGAGAACCGUGGAAUCCUGCCUUGCGCAAACGCGGAAAGGUGAGGUUUCUGCGCCAGCGUCAGCAGUUUCAGCGGCGGCAUCGGUGGCAUCAGCAACACCGAAUAGUGGCAUUACGAAGGUCAGGACUCAAUUUCCAUGGAUGAGAAAAAAGAGGCUACCUUGUAUGUCAGCGGUCGUCAGCAAUUGCAGCCAAAGGGAUUGUUCGCACAUGGAUUUGUAUCAGUUCGGCAUUUUCCAGGCGACCUCAAUGGCUGGUAUUGCCGCGGAAUUCCGGACAUUUAAUGCAAAUUAUUCACGCUUUUGGGGCUUCGACUCAUUCCAGGGUCUUCCUGAUGAAGGCACCAACCAUCGGGCAGCACUGCCCCCAAAUUUCUCACAACGCCAAAUCCAAGGCGAUUAUGACAAGAUGGCAAAGGCUGUCUGGUUUCCAGGAAGCUUCAACAUGCGACAGGCAUUCCGCACAUCCAAUUUUAUGAAGAUGAUCGACGCCGUUGAAGAGAAGAUCAAUGAUCCCCGAGCCAAUUUCAUUAGAGGGUUUUACAAUGAGUCUCUGACCGCAGCCACCUUCCGUUUGUUGCCAUUCCGCCCGGCUUUGUACGUGGACAUUGAUGUGGACUUGUAUUCUUCAACAUACCAGGCAUUGGAGUGGUUGGCGCAGUUUGGCCUCCUGGUGCCAGGCACGAUAAUUGGCUACGAUGAUUGGGUUACGGGAGGGGAGAAUGGAGAGCAAAGAGCCCACAAGGAUAUUCUGGAGAAGUUUCCCAAAUUGAGAAUGGCUCCAUACACGUCACCUGGCUAUUCACAUUGGCCAGGUUGUUUCAUUGUGACGGAAACGCGUUGA